GAUGGCGCUGGAGAUGUGCCCAUCACGCGAGCUGCCGACCAGGCGGACACACAUCUACACGGACGGCAGCUACAACGGCAUCCCACAUACAGCCGCCUGGGCAGUCGUCAUUGUCGACGAGUACGACGACGGGCGCAACUUACGAGGCCCGUUCGGCUUUCGGGGUUUCAUUGCUGGCAAGGUCACCGAAACCCUAGACGACAUGGCAAACAACGAGAAGGUGACGGCAUACACAGCUGAGCUCACGGCAGUACUCUGGGCACUGAUGUGGGCCCUCGGUCAAGACACCGACGCGCCCAUCGAGAUCACGCCUGACGCCCUCAACGUCAUCAACCUGGCCAAAGGCGAAGCCCAAUGCCACGUACAUCCGAGGUUGGGGGCCGUCAUUCGCACACUUGCAGGCCUCCUCCAGCAAGCCCGACCUACCCAGUGGCACCAUAUUAACUCGCACAUCGGGCACCCUUGGAACGAGCUCGCAGAUGGGAUAGCAGAUCAAGCCUCGGCCAGCGACCUGAUGGACCCGAACAUUGCAGCUGUACAGGCGAUCGCCCACAACAAGUUCCUUUCCUGGGAAUGGCUGCGAUCAGAGCCAGAUGCGGUCAAGGCCGCAUACCCGCCCCUGCGGAACAAAGACUUCAUCAUCGAGGCCACCCAGCCGCAGGCAGCCCCAGGAGCGAUCCAGAGGCCCAUCAGCACCACCACCAUCAAGGCCGACCUCAACGUGAAUUUGUGCACCUACAACUGCAGAUCACUCAAGGCUACCGUUAACUUCAAGUCGGGCAAAGGCAAGGCGGCCGGCAAAAGCAAGCAGAGCCUCUCCAAGGUCACGCACCUAGCAGCACAGUUUGCUGACAUGGGCCUGCACGUCGUCGCCCUGCAGGAGACGCAGAGCGAAGGAGACGUCCGCAAUGUAGGUGAAUACGUUUGCUACUCAUCAGGCCACACGCAGCAGAACAGAGGAUGCGACAUCUGGCUCAACGUCUCCCAACCUAUCAGCGCGAGUGGGGCAGCGAAGUACCUAAGUGCCAAAGACACCCUCGUCCUCCACCAGCACGACAGGCUCUUGAUCAUCAAGACCCGAGUUGCAGGCACAGAUACGGUUAUCGCAUCCGCAUACGCACCCCACGAAGACUCCCACGCGGCGGAGAAGAGAGAAUUCUGGGAGUCUGCUCAGCGAUUGUCUGACAAGUACCGAGUGGACAUCUUCAUGGGGGACCUGAACGGGCGUCUUGGCGACUACGAGUCCCCAGGAGUUGGCGCCAGUGGGUACCCAGAAGCGACCAACGGCAAUGGCAAGCACAUCAUCAGCUUCGCUGCCGACACCAACAUGGAGGUCAUCAACACCACGAGGGAUCCAGGCAACAACUCAUAUACGCACGUCGGAUCGAAGGGGCAGCACCACAGGAUAGACUACAUCCUGCUGAGCUCCUCGAUCGCCCCGUACGUCGCGAGCUGCAGCACGGAGCCAGGUCUGGACCGAGGCACAGCUGCACAAUACCACAUACCAGUACUAGCCACCCUCAAGUGGGCCGUCUGCAAGACCACCAAGGCCUCAGGACCGAGGCCCGACCUGACCAACUUGAACAAUGACGUCGCCAAGGCCAGCUUCAAGGAGAUUCUCAAGCAGGCCCCGAUCAUCCCCUGGGAGGUGGACGUCAACACCCACUGCGAGGAGGCCAUCAGGGUCGUCAACGACGCGGCCAUCCAGGCCUUCGGCAAGGCCUCCAAGGCAACGAGGAAGCCCUACGUCACCAAGACUACCAUGGGCCUGAUCCGAGCCAGGUCUGGGCCUAUAGUUGCCGCGGCCGUCGAGAAGGACCGAAGCGCAUUCCUCAGUCGGCUUGCCUCGACAGCGUCCUCCGCCUCCGCCGCGAACGACGCUGCGGUCCAGUGGAAGGCUUACCGCGACCUACUAAGGUAUGGAGGGAGGAAGGCGAAAUUCCCAGCAGGAAAGCCUAUGCGGCUCGACAAGGAUGGAGAGGUGAUCCACAACUCCCAGGAAAUGGCGGACCAGGAGCUUAACCAUUUCGCGAAGAUACAGGCGGGGAAGAUCGUGACAGCGGAUGAUCUUGCUAACAAGUACAAUCACGACAGCAAGAUCAGGCCCUUCGACGGCAUGCUGGAUCUCUCCAUGGCGAUGCCCCUAGCCGUCUGCCAGGCCCAGUUCGCCGCGGCCAAGGCUGGGACGCAAGGAGGCCCCGACGGGCUCACGAACGCUGUCCUCAGGGCGGCCCCCACAGAGGCAGCGAGGCUACUGCACCCCCUCUUCACCAAGGUGGCGACCACCGUGAGAGAGCCGCUGAGCUUCAAGGGUGGAGACCUGGUCGCAAUUCCCAAAGGAAAAGGCGACCCAAGGUACCUCCAAGCCUACCGCGAGAUCCUCUUGAACAACGUCCUGGGCAAGCACCACCACAAAUACCUAAGGACCAUGCUCAACACUACCCUCGCCAUAGCGCUGGAGGACAUCCAGGUUGGCGGCCGGCCCAAGCGAGGGGCGGACAUGGCGGUCCUCGCAGCACGCCUCUUCACAGAGAGAAGUCAGGCCCAAGGGAAGUGCUCCAUGAUAAGCUGCUACGACUUAAAGGAGGCCUUCUAUUCGGUUGUAGUCCAGCUGGUUCAUGGCAUCCCAGGAGAAGAGGACGAAGUCCAGGAGGUGCUAGAGAACCUCGAGCACCUCAUGGCCAACCCAGGGAUACUCGACACAGUGUUGGACGGCUCCCACUUGGCUGCCCUCAUUGCAGAAGGAUAUCGCAACAGGUGGACAUCACACAGGUUCUCCCAGAACCUUAUGGCGCCGCACAAGGGCACGAGGCCUGGCGUGCCCCUGGCCGACGCGGACUUCAAUCUGCUAUUCGGCCGAGUCCACCGCAUGAUUGACAGCUACCUU